CGGCGUUCCAGGUGUUGCCGGUGUAGCAGUUGGUCGCGGACGACGUCGAGUGAGUCCAGCGCCAGUUGGAGUCGAGGACGAUCGCAUUCUGCGUCGUAGUGCAGCUUCCGCCCGCUGUGCACUGCUGAGUGGUGAGAGUCGGGUGUACUUCCGAUUGCAGGGUGCUGAUCUGCUGCGCCUGAGACACAGCAGCGAGACAGAGAGCGAAGAGAGCAGUGGUAGGGAACAUUGCAACUUUGAAGACUUGGAAGCUGCCGUGCCCAUCCUCUCUCCCAAUGUUUUAUAGUGCUCGGACCUACUCGGACGACGCAGUGAAUGGUAAAACAUGCAUGCCAAGGUGAUUUGUCGGCUGUAUCUCGAGGAAUGCUGAACGGCGUUCCGGCUCUCGAUGCAUUCCCAUCCAGCAGGACGCGCGCUGCUGCCUCGAUGCCCGGGCGGAGUGCAUGAGGUCACUGGGCCACUCAGGCGGUACAUUCCCAGACAAGGGCUUCGUUGACAGGUCUAAAAUGGAUGAGGAUGCGAUAUUGAUCGAUAUGGACAUAUUGAACUCUUCCUAAGAGGUCAGUUGAACGCGAAGCGCUAAAGUUGGAGUCAGCAAAAAGCUCCGAAAGAAUUGAAAGAGCUUGCUAAUGUCAAGGUCGACCGCGCGCAGAAUGAAACACAAGUGUCGAUUCGUCCGGAGAAGACAGGUAGAAACCAAUGGGCGGAUCUGUACAGCAACGAAUUCGACCGGAACACCCCAUCUCGAGGCGUAUGCUGUGUAAUGGGCCUCUCUCAUUCUCCCCGCCACACGCAGCU